AUGACAAUUCAGGAGAAUGGCAUCAGCCCCUGGCAACAUUUCGUACGCGAAAAUCCAGGCAUAGAAUUUGUCCUGGUACAGUUCAUGGGCUACAAUGCGAAUAUUCUAGUCCGCGCCAUACCUAUCGCUCGGUUCACGACCCUGAUGAACACAGGUCAACUUCUAUCGCUCACUCAAGCCGUCUUUUACCUGCUUCCGCACGAUCAUCUAGCCGAAGGGGGCUCUCCGGUGGGGGUUUUCUACCUGAAGCCCGACGUGUCGACAAUCUACCGCCAAAUUGGGUCCCCAAAUAGAGUAGUGAUCAUGGCAGAUGGCGUAGGAGCAGAUGGAAUUACUGCGGUUGCCCAAUGUCCCAGAUCAAGACUAAAAUACUUAAGCGAUACCUUGAUUGAAUCAACAGGGUAUUUUGCGCUGGUGGGCUUCGAGGUCGAGGUCGUUUUUAUGAAGAAGAUUACAGAUCCACAAGGCCAGUUGGUGGAGUACCAGCUUGUCAACAAAGAUCACUCCUUUCAGAGCAUGACCACAGAAGACGAUGAGUAUUUUAAUAUGGUAGAGGAAAUUGCGAGAUCCUUGCUUGCAGCUGGAAUAUCGAUUGAACAAUUCCAUGCUGAAGCCGCGCCCGGACAAUGGGAAUUUGUCCUUCCCCCAUCUCAGCCUGUUAAAGCCGUUGAUGAGCUUAUAAAAGCCCGGGCCAUUAUUUCCCAGACCGCUGCGAAGCAUCAACUCCGCGCAACUUUGUUCCCGCGACCAUCAGAAUCACACGCCGGGAACGGCGCGCAUGUACACAUCUCCAUCAACCCACAGAAGGGAAAUACCAAGAUAUCGAGUCCGGAGGAGGAAGAAUAUUUCUUCGCCGGGAUUAUGGAGCAUUUACCUGCAGUACUGGCAUUCACUCUGUCACAACAGGAAAGCUACAGUCGUGUGCAAAGCGGAAUCUGGAGUGGCGGCGAGUAUGCUACAUGGGGAUGGGAGAACAAAGAGACUCCUCUCCGUCGAAUAGAAGAAAAUAGGUUCGAAUUGAAGUUGAUGGACGGACUAGCAAAUCCAUACCUCGCGUUGUGCGCGAUAUUCGCGGCGGGUAUUGAUGGUCUGCGAAGAGGUAUAAGCUUGUCUGGUGGCCCCUCGCCCGUGGGUGCCAAUCUGUUAAGCCCCGAGGAAAGAAAAAGGCUCGGAAUCACCAAAUUGCUGCCGAAGUCGCUAUCCGAAAGUUUGGAUCAGCUGAUUGCUGACGCCGUGAUCUGUGAUUCUAUCGGAGAGGCGAUCGUCAAGCCAUAUGUCGCUGUUAAAAGAGGGGAGAUUGAGCAGGUCAAGAGCUGGACGGACGUGGAGAGGAGGAACUAUCUCAUUUCGAGAUAUUAG